AUACUGUAAUAGUGUCUGACAAGAGGGUUCACUCCAUACUUGCUGGUAGUGAAGGUGGGAAUAGCUCCAGCUGCUACUUUCACGCGGGUGCCACCCCUGUCCAUCAAAAGUCUGGACACGCCACUGCUCGUGACCAGUGGGUGCGCGCGCAGCAGCUGUCGGAACAGACGGAUCCAGACUCUCCGGUGUGUCGGAAGGAUCCCGGCAGGCAGGCAGGAGUGGCACGGCGCUGGGCGGCGGAGCGCUGGCGGAGGGAUUCGCCUGAACCCCGCGGACGAAGCCAAUCGAUGAGCUGGCGGACUGGCGGGCAGAGACGAGCGGGAAUAAAGGACGGAGACUCCGGCGAGGACUCGUCACGUCGCGGCCGAACACCGUCGUGUUUCACCGUGGACUUCCUCUCCGGGACACGACCCACGUCCUCACCCGGAGAAGUAGGAGUUGUUGACGAGAGCAGAGAGAGACUGAAGGUGGCUCAUGAUGAAGAAAAGCAGGAGUGCUCAAGGAGUCGCAGCCAGAGAUGUCUGACCUUGUCAUCAAAAGCACUCAUUCGCCGCCCUGUUGUCGUCUUCUGGCAGGAGAACAAGGAUCCCGCGGCGGGCCAGGUUCCCUCGAGCAGCGCCCUCGGAGUGGAGGCCUGCCAAGUCCUGAGGCGCUUUUCCGGCAACCUGCAGCUGCCGCCGUUGUCGUGGCGACAGGCCGAAAAGGAGCGGGACAGGGGGACUCUGCUGUCGCCGGAGGGGGGCCCCGGGACUUGCCCCAGGCCCACUAGUCUGCCCAUCGCCACCCUCCCACGCAUCGACAUCACCCAGGCUGAUGCCGACAGUUUGGAGGGAGAGAAUGGACGAUCGUGUCCUUCGGACCCGCAAGUGUCCCCCAGUUCGGGCCUGGUGCUCCAUCCCAACGUGGCGGGUCAUGGCCAGCGUCGAGAGUCUUUCCUCUACCGCUCCGACAGCGACUACGAACUGUCGCCCAAGUCCCUUUCCCGGAACUCUUCUAUCGUGGGAGAACUCCACGGAGAAGACUUGAUAGUGACUCCAUUUGCCCAGGUCCUCGCCAGCCUUCGGACUGUCAGAAACAACUUCACCACCUUGACUAAUGUGCAGUGUGCAUCUAACAAGCGUUCUCCUGCUGGAACCCAGCCUUCUGUCACCAAAGUCUGCUUGUCAGAUGAGUCCUACCAAAAACUUGCAAUGGAGACCAUGGAAGAGCUGGACUGGUGUCUGGACCAGUUGGAGACCAUCCAGACCUACCGUUCUGUCAGUGACAUGGCGUCCAACAAGUUCAAGAGGAUGUUGAACCGGGAGUUAAGCCAGCUGUCUGAGAUGAGUCGCUCAGGCAAUGAAGUGUCCGAGUACAUCUCCAACACCUUCCUAGACAAACACAACGAGCUGGAGCUGCCAUGUCCCGUCCCCAAGUCCAGGGAAAGGAAGCGCCGGCAAGGCCAGCAGCAGCCGGGCGGAGGAGCCGUGACUCAAACGGGCGGGGUGAAGAAGGUCAACUACUCACCUUGCAUCCCCGGAGGCGCCAACAGUCGCUUCGGAGUCAAGACGGACCAGGAGGAACUGCUGUCCAAGGUUGACCUGGAGGGCAUCAAUAAAUGGGGACUGAAUAUCUUCCGGGUGGCAGAGCACUCUCACAACCGGCCUCUCACCUGCAUCAUGUACGCCAUCUUUCAGGAGCGAGACCUGAUGAGAACCUUCAAGAUCCCGGCAGACUCUUUUGUGACGUUCCUGCUGACCCUGGAGAGCCACUACCACUCCGACGUGGCCUACCACAACGGCCUGCACGCAGCAGACGUGGCGCAGUCCACGCACAUCCUCCUGUCCACUCCAGCGCUGGACGCGGUCUUCACUGACUUGGAGAUCUUGGCAGCCAUUUUUGCGGCUGCAAUUCAUGAUGUGGACCACCCGGGAGUGUCCAACCAGUUCCUCAUCAACACCAACUCGGAGCUUGCUCUGAUGUACAACGACGAGUCGGUGCUGGAGAACCACCACCUGGCCGUGGGCUUCAAACUGCUGCAGGAAGAGAACUGCGACGUCUUCCAGAACCUCAGCAAGAAACAGAAGCAGUCCCUCAGAAGGAUGGUCAUAGACAUGGUCUUGGCGACGGACAUGUCGAAACACAUGAGCCUGUUGGCCAACCUGAAGACGAUGGUGGAGACGAAGAAGGUGACCAGCUCCGGAGUCCUUCUGUUGGACAACUACACCGACAGGAUGCAGGUUCUCCGCAACAUGGUCCACUGCGCCGACCUGAGCAAUCCCACCAAGCCUCUGGAUCUGUACCGGCAGUGGACGGACAGGAUCAUGGACGAGUCCUUCCACCAGGGAGACCGAGAACGGGAGCGGGGGAUGGAGAUCAGCCCCAUGUGUGACAAACACACGGCGUCGGUGGAGAGGACACAGGUGGGCUUCAUUGACUACAUCGUGCAUCCUCUGUGGGAGACGUGGGCAGACCUGGUCCACCCGGAUGCUCAGGACAUCCUGGACCUGCUGGAGGACAACAGGAACUGGUACCAGAGCAUGAUCCCCCAGAGCCCCUCGCCUCCCUUCUACUCCGGCGACAAAAAAGAGGGCGGACCGCACGGCCAGGCGGAGGGCGGGGGUCCUGUCGCCAGCAGGUUCCAGUUUGAACUGACGCUGGAUGACCAGAAAAGCGACGGGACGGAGACGGCGGUCUGCGACGUCUCUCCGGCGGAGACCUAGCCGGCGCCACCCGGUGCUCGACGAGGAAAAGAGAGCGCCAUGUUUUUUCGCUGCUCGGGUUUUGUUUCGUUGCGGCGCAGCAAUGCUGCAAGGAGGCUCUUUGGGGCCUUCUUGGCUGACUAGGCCCCCCAUUCCCUGCUGAAGAGGCUCGGACACCCUGUGGCAGUUUGUUUUGGAAGGUGGGCGACUUCUGUCCCGAGGUCUGCGUGUACCGGGGACAAGUGAACCUUCCAGAUUUGGACUUCAGGGCGUUCAAAACAAUUUCGUGUUGUGUUUGGACGGCCAUGUGGUUCCGUGUCCCACCAGGACUACUUACUGGUCUGCUACUUUUUCGUAACCAUUCCAUUUUGGUUUUUUUCUCCCCAACAUGUCUUAAAAACACAUGUGCCUUUUUGUUUUGACAACCAUGUACUUUUGCAAGUGUAUUUAUAAUUUAUUCAACACGUCCGUGUAAGCUUUGUCCCUGGCGGUCUUUUUGAGGAUCUGGCAAAGGCGGGAAGCUGGUCCUCGCUGAAGCGUUCAGGGGCUGCAGCUCCAAAAAUCACUUUGACUUCCCGGCACACUUUUGCACUUUGUGGCCAAAAGAAUUACGUCUAAAAUAUUGCCCGACGUCGCCGGUCUCUAUUUCUCGCACAAAUUGCCGCCUACUGUAAGCAAUUAAGUAACUCGUCCAAAGAUCUUCUAAUUAGGUCACUGUGAUGGAUUCACUGCCAUCUUGUAGAAACCUUCGUUUAGAGCAGGGGUGUCCAAACUUUUUGCCAUGGGGGCCUCAUUGGGUUAAAAAAUAUGGUGUAAAUAUAAGUAUAUAUAUAUAUGUAUGUAUGU